AUGGGAGAAAAUUUUAAAAAUUCACAUGAUAAGUUGCUUGUGGAAUUAGAUGAUAUGACAAGAAUAUCAUCAAAAUUUGUUGAAGAAGGCUUGCAUUAAGUUGGAGACGAUGGAUUUUAUUAAAUGCGUCUUCUAUUUAUUUUUUUUGCUUAAUGGAUGGUUUCUGUAUUCAUAUUCGUUGGACCAGUUUAUUAUUUUCCAGAUCCAGAGUUCUAAUGCUCAAAUGGAGAAUCCUGCACUGAAGACAGUGGAGGAUGCAAUGAAUAAAAAUUAAUUUCCUCGCCUUAUAAUACUAUUACCAGCGAUUAUAAAUUAUAUUGUGAUAAUAGGAACCUUAGAAGUGUCUCAUAAAGUGCCUUAUUUUGGGGUCCUAUUUUCGGUAACAUUUUUUUUAGCUUUAUCGCUGAUUGGAAGGGUAGAAGGCUAAGCUUGAUUGCAGCUUGGAGUCUUAACACAUUGGGAAUCUUAGGAAUAACUUUUUCUUAAAAUAUUUACCAACUUAUCUUGAUGAUCUUUAUAACAGGAUUUAGUUUGGUACCUUGCAAUAAUUUAAAUUUGAUUAUGGUCAAUGAAUAAAGUGGUGAAGCAUUUCGUUAGAGAGGAACCACUCUAUUACUAAUGAGUUGGGCAGUUUUUGAAAUAUUUUUGGUUCCAAUUGCAAAAUACAUUUAUAAUUGGCGUAAUAUAUUUAUAUAUUUUACACUUUUUCCUUCUUGUGUAAUAGCUGUCCUUAACUACCUCUAUAUUUACGAGUCUCCAAGAUUUCUGUUAACAAAAGAAUUAAGAAAUGAAAUGUAUUCAACUUUAAAUAGAAUUGCUAAAGUAAAUAAAAGAGAAGCUAUAACUGAGCAAGAUUGCUUUAUUAAUCCAUUAGAAAGCAGUAAAGCUUAGAAGAUAUAUACUUAUUUAGAUCUGGUUAAGUAUAAAAGCUUGAGGCUAAUAACUAUUGCUAGCUGUUUAGUAAUGUUCUUUACACAAAUGAUUUAUUAUUCGACUUAGUAUUCUUUAGGCUCUGUUGGGUCUAGUCUCUAUAUAAACACUUUAGUUGUUGGAGCUGGUGAAGCAAUAGCUUAUUUUUUAUGCAACUAAGUGGCCCAUAAAUUAUAGAGAAAGCUCUUUACUUUUAUUUUUUACACUUCUAGCAUAUUCUUAUGUUUAUUAUUUUUGUUUGUAAAAUCUGACAUAAAUUAAACAAUUCUAGCCUGUUUAGUGAGGAUUUUUAAUUGUGGCACUCUCUGCAUUUUAGCUUUAUUUGUUGAAGAAUUAUACCCAACUACAGUAAGGUCUUUAGGAGUUGGAGCCCAAAUGUCUAUAGGAGUGGCAGGUUCUUCUUUGGCUCCAAUAGUAAUUGACUUAGCUAAAAAAUUGGGUAUAAACCCUCUAUUAGCAACCGGAAUAAUUUCUAUUCCUGCUAUAUAUACAAUAUCAUUUUUUAAAGAAACAAAAGGAGAGCCAUUAUAAGAUGAUAUUUUAGAAUUUUAAUAAGAAACUAAAGAUUUUUGA